AUGGAGGCGCUGCUACUGGGCGCGGGGUUGCUUCUGGGCGCCUACGUACUUGUCUACUACAACCUGGUGAAGGCCCCGCUGUGCCGCGGCAUCGCCAGCCUGCGGGGCCGCACGGCUGUGGUCACUGGCGCCAACAGUGGCAUCGGGAAGAUGACCGCGCUGGAGCUGGCGCGCCGGGGAGCGCGCGUGGUGCUGGCCUGCCGCAGCCGGGAGCGCGGUGAGGCAGCAGCCUUCGACCUCCGCCAGGAAAGUGGGAACAAUGAGGUCAUCUUCAUGACCUUGGACUUGGCCAGUCUGGCCUCCGUGCGAGCCUUUGCCACUGCCUUCCUGAGCUCUGAGCCACGGCUGGACGUUCUCAUCCACAAUGCCGGGAUCAGUUCCUGUGGCCGGACCCGUGAGCCCUUUAACCUACUGCUGCGGGUGAACCACAUCGGCCCCUUCCUGCUGACACAGCUGCUGCUGUCCCGGCUGAAAACAUGCGCCCCCAGCCGCGUGGUGGUGGUCUCCUCAGCUGCCCAUCGGCGCGGGUGCCUCGACUUCACCCGCCUGAACCACCCGGUGGUGGGCUGGCAGCAGGAGCUGCGGGCAUAUGCUGACAGUAAGCUGGCCAACAUAUUGUUUGUCCGGGAGCUCGCCACCCAGCUUGAAGGCACUGGCAUCACCUGCUACGCAGCCCACCCAGGGCCUGUGAACUCAGAGCUGUUCCUGCGCCAUGUUCCGGGAUGGCUGUGCCCACUUCUGCGCCCACUGGCCUGGCUGGUGCUGCGGACGCCAAGAGGGGGUGCCCAGACACCUCUGUACUGUGCUCUACAGGAAGGCAUUGAACCUCUCAGUGGGAGAUACUUUGCCAACUGCCGUGUGGAGGAGGUGCCCCCAGCUGCCCGAGACGACAGGGCAGCCCACCGGCUGUGGGAGGCCAGCAAGAGGCUGGCAAGGCUAGGGCCUGGGGAGGAAGCUGAACCGGGUGAAGAUUCCCAGCCUGAGGACGCAGGGUCCCCUUCUUCUCUGAGCACCCCCCACCCUGAGGAGCCCACAGUUUCCGAACUCUACCCCAGCCCUCAGAGCUCACCAGACUUGUCUAAGGUCACAUGCCGAAGUCAGAUUAAAGCUGAGCCUGAAACCCCAACCUGCUAACCCCCAGGCCAAGUGCUUUCUACCCCACUUCAUGGCCCUUGAAGGCCCCAGCUGUGCGCCAGGCCAUGCCCUGGGCACUGAGGAGGUUGCCAAGUUUUACCUCUGUGGUUACUUUCUGGGGCCUCAAGGUACGCCCUGGAUAGCACUUUUCCUGGUGGAAGGAAAUGACUAGUUAUUAUUUCCCCCAUCCCCCCACAGGGUAACAGUAACCCCAGAUUGGGGGUGGGGAUAAUAUGCCAGACACUGUGCUUCUCGGGAAUUCGAAUUUCAGAUUUCCCGACUCCACCGUCAGUGAUUCUGACCAGCUCCGGAUUCCAUAAAACAACAAGAAAAAAACCCUUUGCUGUUGAGUCAAUUCCAAGUCCAUAGUGACCCCGUG